GACUAACUUUUUUAACUAGGAGCACAGUGGCCCCCAACUGAAAAUUUUAGGGGUGCAACCAGAAAAUUUAGGGGCACACACCGUAGAUCAACAUGCUAACCAAAUAUUCACAUUUCUUCUAAUUUCCAGUGUAUUACUAAUAAAUACUUGAUGAUAGAUGCAGAAAAUACAAUGUGCUGUUUCAAAUUCAGUGUCACAUUUUAUUGUGCACUUUUGGAAAAUAAGGUCAAAUUUACUGGUUGCACAUGUGCGACUGGAUGUAAAAUUCAGUGGCACACUCUAAAAUUUUAGGGGCAAAAUGCCACCAUUUGGGGGCAGCCUGGAGCCCUGAAUCAUACACUCUAAAAAACGUUGGGUUGUUUUUUCAACCCAACUGCUGGGUUGAGCCAGCUGGGUUAUUUUGUUGGGUUGUUUUAUCAGUGUUGGGUAGUUUUUGUGUAAACUUGUUGGGUUAUAUGUUGGGUAAUUUUGAAGCAGAGCCAACUUAAUAUAUACAGUACAUAUAGCUGUUUCUCAAUAUUACUUUCUCUAGUCCACAAAAUGUAUUUUAAACAUAAGUUCAGGCGAGAAUAUAUAUGUAUAAUGUUCAAAUUUGCAGUCAGUUUGUAAAGUGAAAGCCAAUUUUAAAGUUUAAUUACAAAAAGUCGGAAUGUUACCGGCGCGACCACUGGGUGUCAGUGUUGUUCUUCCCCAGAGAGAACUUCUCCCUUCCCCCACACAGUCGCGUCAGAGUCCUGUCACAGCUGCAACCACGCUACCUGACGCAGGAAUUUACCAUCACCUCAGGAUUCAUGAACGGUUUUUCAUCGACUUAUCUUUGAUUUAUUUGAAGGAAAAGACCCUGAUGGAUAAAAGAUGGAAAUGUUUUUCCUGGAGAAUCUAAAACAAUGUCACUUUGAGGUUCUGAUACCAGCUUUUACAAAGUUAUUUACAGAGUUCACAAGACUUCUCUGUGUUAUUCCUUGACCAUGCCGAAAAGCUAUUUGAAACUUGGGCAUUGCAUUUUACAGACAGAAUCCUGCAACUUCCCAGCCAAGAACCAGGAGCAUCAACAAAUCACCUCCAGAACCCCAUGAUGAUAUUCCAACUCCUGUCUACAAAAGUGGGAAGAAAAUCUUAAGUCUAUUCUUUGCCUGCAUUCUAACAAGUGUUUGUCUGUUGGGACCAACAUGGUUGCAUUCUUCUGAGAGGCUGAGGUGACAAAACCAUUCCCAUUUGUCCUUGGAUUGGAAGAUGACGAUCUCUGCCAUCAAGCCUUCGUUAUUUUUGACAGACAGUCACUCCAGCAAUACACCCUCCUUGGUGAUGUUGACAUGUUUUAAACUUUUUUUAUGUUUUGGACAUUAAUUUUACUAAGCAGUGCACAUCAGUGUGGGUGUUUUUCAAGACUGUUGUUAACAAACUCCCAAGAACGGAAUUCCUUUGUAUAAGAAGUCUGUGUAGUUAUUUGUCAUGCUAAGGUGAUAACUCAUGUUGAUUAUAUAUUGACUGUUUGUGCAACUUAGUGUUGAUCUUAUGUGUUACAUUAACCAUUUCUUAUUACACGGUUCUCUAAAAUGCUAGUUUCUGAUUGGCUAGUCGUGACAUUCUACUACUGCUCAAAACUAAAAACUCCAAUGCUGCAAAUCAUUUUGACAGAUGUGAAGAGUGAAUCAUGUUCCGAGGGAGAAACAUCUUCAACAUCAGAAGAUCGACUGACAGCACAAACUCUUUCCUGCAUCACCUGUGGAAAGACAUUCAGCUCACAGAGACAUUUAGAUAGACAUGAGAGAAAACACACAGAACAGAAACUCAGCUUUACUACUUUACAAGAGAAGAAACUUCAUCAUUCAAAAGAUCACGAAGAGAAGAAGCAGCAGCAGUUUCACUGUGAGCAGUGUGGGAUGAAUUUUGUCUUCUUAUCUCAGCUGGAAGAUCACAUGAAGUUACACAGUGGUGAAAAGCCUUUCUGCUGCACUGAAUGUGGAAAUUACUUCAGCACCAAACAAAAUCUUGAUAUUCAUCAGAGAAUUCACACAGGAGAAAAACCAUACGAGUGUCCUCACUGUGAGAUGAGAUUCAGAGAAAAAAGCACUCUGAAGAAACAUGUGUUUAUACACACCAAUGAGAGACCGUAUCAGUGCAGUAAAUGUGACAAAGCCUUUAGGGAUUCAGCUUCAUUAAAAAGACACCAGAAUAUUCACUUUAAAGAGAAACGCUAUCAAUGUUCACACUGUGAUAAACGUUUCUGUUAUGAAUCUAAACGUAUAUGCCACGAAAUAAUUCACACUGGAGAGAAACCUCAUCGCUGUAGUGUCUGUGGGAAGAGUUUUAGGCGACGUGAUCAUUUAGUGAAUCACCAGAGUAUUCAUACAGGUGAAAAACCUUACAAAUGCUCUCAGUGUGGGAAAUCGUUUACUCGUUUACCUAGCUUAAAAGCCCAUCAGAGAAUUCACACCGGAGAGAAACCUUACGUCUGCUCACAGUGUGGAAGGAGCUUGAGUGAUCUUAGAUCUUUAAAAGCCCAUGAGAGCAUUCACACUGGAGAGAAACCUUAUCACUGUAGUGUUUGUGGGAAGAGUUUUAAUCGACAUAACAAUUUAGUGAGUCACCAGAGAAUUCAUACAGGUGAAAAACCUUACAUCUGCUCACACUGUGGAAGGAGCUUCACUGAUCUUAGUUCUUUAAAAGCCCAUGAGAGAAUUCACACUGGAGAGAAACCUUAUCACUGUAGUGUUUGUGGGAAGUGUUUUAAUCGACAUGACAAUUUAGUGAGUCACCAGAGAAUUCAUACAGGUGAAAAACCUUACAAAUGCUCUCAGUGUGAGAAAUCGUUUACUCAUUUCCCUAACUUAAAAGCCCAUCAGAGAAUUCACACUGGAGAGAAACCUCAUCACUGUAGUGUCUGUGGGAAGAGUUUUGUGCAGCGUGAACAUUUAGUAAUGCACCAGAGAACUCAUACAGGUGAAAAACCUUACAAAUGUUCACACUGUGACAAGUCAUUUGCUCAUUUAACUCACUUAAAAGCCCAUCAGAGAAUUCACACUGGAGAGAAACCUCAUCACUGUAGUGUCUGUGGGAGGAGUUUUAGGUGGCUUGAAAAUUUAGUAGUGCACCAGAGAACUCAUACAGGUGAAAAACCUUACAAAUGUUCACACUGUGACAAGUCAUUUGCUCAUUCAGGUGCCUUCAAAGCCCAUGAAAGAUUUCAUACUGGAGAGAAACUUUACGUCUGCUCACAGUGUGGAAGGAGCUUCACUGUUCUUAGUUCUUUAAAAGCCCAUGAGAGCAUUCACACUGGAGAGAAACCUCAUCGCUGUAGUGUUUGUGGGAAGUGUUUUAAUCGACAUAACAAUUUAGUGAGUCACCAGAGAAUUCAUACAGGUGAAAAACCUUACAAAUGCUCUCAGUGUGAGAAAUCGUUUACUCAUUUAACUAACUUAAAAGCCCAUCAGAUAAUUCACACUGGAGAGAAACCUUACAUCUGCUCACAGUGUGGAAGGAGCUUCACUGAUCUUAGAACUUUAAAAGCCCAUGAGAGAAUUCACACUGGAGAGAAACCUCAUCACUGUAGUGUUUGUGGGAAGUGUUUUAAUCGAUAUGACCAUUUAGUAAAUCACCAGAGAAUUCAUACAGGUGAAAAACCUUACAAAUGCUCUCAGUGUGAGAAAUCGUUUACUCAUUUAACUAGCUUAAAAGCCCAUCAGAGUGUUCAUACAGGAGAGAAACCUCAUCACUGUAUUGUCUGUGGGAAGUGUUUUAAUCGAUAUGACCAUUUAGUAAGGCACCAGAGAACUCAUACAGGUGAAAAACCUUACAAAUGUUCACAUUGUGACAAGACGUUUGCUCAUUCCGUUUCCUUAAAAGCCCAUGAGAGAAUUCACACUGGAGAGAAACUGAAAUGAGUCUUCAAUGGUCUCCAUUUCAAGGUUUUUAUUAACAUAAUGAGAAUGUUGUGAAACUGCACUGUCUGUGUUUAGUAUAAUAACACCUUCUAGAUCUGCUGCUAUCAAGGCCGUAGCCAGGAUUUUUCAAAUACCGAGGACAACACCUACAUUUUUUUUAUUAUUUAUAUUUUUUCCAUAUUACAGAAUAAUAAUAAACGCGUUCAAACUAUGACAUAGCACAAA